UUGAAUCAAAGGCAUCUUUCUCAAUAAGACAACCCCAUUGACACAUAAAGCACUUUUUCAAUGCUCAAUGCUGUUCAUCUUCAUCGCCAAUCUUUGCUAAUUUACACGAUGAGAAACCAAUUGAAUCCAAAACCAUUUUUGAAUAAGAAACAGAGGGCAUCAGAAACCAAUUAAGAAGAAGACAACCAAACAGAUAUAGGCCGGCAAUCUUUUGUCUAUCUAUCUUGUCUUUUUCUUGUUCUUGUUCUUCUUCCCUUUUAUAUAUACUCCCAAAAUUUCAUACAUUCAAUCAUCCCCUCUUCUUAAUCCCCACCUGUUUCACCCCUUCCAAAUCCGUUUUCCCUCAGUUGCGUUACUUGGAUACUCCGGAUUUGAUCCAAUGGAGGUGGGUUCAGGGUGGGUGAUGACGGCCAUGGUGAUCAUAAUGAGUAUGUUAGUGAUUUUAAGAUGGGUGCUAAAGAAAGUCAAUUGGUUGCUGUACGAAACCAAGUUGGGGGAUAAACAGUAUGCUCUGCCGCCGGGGGAUUUGGGAUGGCCUUUCAUUGGAAACAUGUGGGCUUUCCUCCGAGCAUUCAAGUCCUCCGAUCCUGAUUCCUUCAUCGGCUCCUUCAUCAACAGAUUUGGACGCACUGGAAUCUACAAGGCCUUUAUGUUUGGGAACCCAAGCGUCAUUGUUACAUCACCGGAAGCUUGCAAAAGAGUGCUGACAGAUGAUGAUGCCUUUAAGCCUGGAUGGCCUGUCUCCACGGUGGAGCUUAUUGGGAAGAAUUCAUUCAUUGGGAUUUCUUAUGAAGAACACAAGCGUCUCCGGCGCAUAACUGCAGCUGCAGUCAAUGGUUAUGAAGCAAUGUCCAUCUACUUGAAAUACAUUGAGGAUAAUGUUGUAUCUUCCCUGGAGAAAUGGACCAAGAUGGGAGAAAUCGAAUUCUUGACUGAACUCAGAAGGCUUACUUUCAAGAUUAUAAUGUACAUUUUUCUCAGCUCAGAAAGUGAGCUGGUAUCUGAUGCCUUGGAGAAAGAAUACACUGCACUUAAUCUUGGAGUUAGAGCCAUGGCAAUCAACAUCCCAGGAUUUGCUUACCAUAAAGCUCUCAAGGCUCGGAAGUAUCUUGUGGCCAUAUUCCAAUCUGUGGUGGAUGAACGAAGAGAACAAAGGAAGAGCAAUAAUGCAACGAAGAAGAAAGACAUGAUGGAUGCUUUGAUGGAUGUUGAAGAUGAAAAUGGUAGAAGAUUGUCUGAUGAGGAGAUCAUUGAUAUUCUGGUAAUGUACUUAAAUGCAGGCCAUGAGUCUUCUGGACAUACCAUGAUGUGGGCAACUAUUUACCUACAAAAUCAUCCUGAAUUUCUGCAAAAAGCUAAGGAAGAGCAAGAGAGGAUCAUUAGAAACCGGCCACCAAUGCAAAAGGGAUUGACACUCAAGGAAUUUCGAGAAAUGGAGUAUCUUUCCAAGGUGAUCGAUGAAACACUCCGUGUGUUAACAUUCUCACUUACAGCCUUCCGAGAGGCAAAAAAUGAUGUCACAAUAAGUGGUUAUAUCAUUCCUAAGGGAUGGAAAGUUCUAGUCUGGUUCAGGGGUGUUCACUUGGAUCCAGAGGUUUAUCCUAAUCCAAAAGAAUUUGAUCCUUCAAGAUGGGAUGAUUUUACACCCAAAGCUGGAAGCUUCCUUCCCUUUGGAGGAGGAAGCAGACUCUGCCCUGGAAAUGAUCUUGCCAAGCUUGAAAUUGCUAUAUUUCUUCACCAUUUUCUCCUCAACUAUGAGCUCGAUCGGCUUAAUCCCCAAUGUCCCACAAGGUACCUACCACAUACAAGGCCUAAAGACAAUUGCCUGGCAAGAGUCAAGAAGCGCCAAGCUUCUUCUUUAUGAAGAUAUAAAAGGGAAGAAGAACUCAAUAUUAUUGCUUCCUAAUGAAGAUAAACUAUAUCAAUUCUUCAUCCUCAGAUGUCCCUCUUGAAAAUUUUGAAAAGAAAAAUUAGAGAGAAAAAUAAAAAUCCAGUUUGUGGUUUCAAUUAUUUUGAGGGAAAGUGGAAGGGCUUCUAGAAGUCCCAUGCCGAAUAUUCAGUGGUAUUCUGAGGGAAAAUGAAGCUACGGAAUAAGAUAACAGUAUAGUCAUGUAACUCUUUUUGAUUUAUAUAUCGUACUACAGUUUGCAAGUUCAGUUCUUUUCGACUUUCUAAUGGACAGAAAUGGAAAA